UACUGUUUUGAGUGCAAAGCCUGUAAUCCUCAAUGGGUUAGCGUUUCGUACGGCAUAUGGAUAUGUCUGGACUGUUCGGGCAAACAUCGCGGACUCGGUGUCCAUCUCAGCUUCGUUCGGUCCGUAACUAUGGAUAAGUGGAAAGACAUCGAACUCCAGAAGAUGAAAGUGGGCGGCAAUCGCAGGGCUAAAGACUUCUUGGAAUCGCAGUCCGAUUGGGAUCUAUCGCUGCCAUUGAGUGAGCGCUACAAUACUCGUGCGGCCGCUCUAUAUAGAGACAAAAUAUCAACGGAAGCGACGGGAAAGAAGUGGUCGGCCGACAGUUCUUCGGCUAAAGACUACACUUCGCGCAUAAUUCCGAAGCACUCCUCUAAUAGUAACUCGAAUUCAACGACAGUUUCGUCGAAAUCAAAGAGUACUGAUUGGGAUGAAAAUGAGUGGACGUCUAAUAGUUAUCAGAGGUUUUGUUAA